AUGGCCGUGAAGCAACCUCAAGUCCAACGUAUCGACCGGUUCGACGUGGCCGGCAUCAUUCAAGCCAUUAUCGACGAUGGCUGCUGUGUGAUCAAGAACUUUACCAGCGAGGAAACAAUAAAUGAUGUCAAUUCAGAGGCGCGCCCAUACAUUGACGCGGAUAAGCCAUGGAAGGGCGAUCUAUUCCCACCCGAAACACGACGAUGUGCCAAUCUCAUGGGCCGAAGCAAGACAGCCAGAGAACAAUGGCUAGUUGACCCACUGGUCCGAGCUUUGAAUGCCAAAUUUGUGGACAAGACCACGUCAAACUUCUACGGAGAAACCAAACACACCUAUACGAGCGAGGCAAUCUGCUCGAUCGCGAUGACGUUUGACGUAGGCCCUGGUGCCAAAGCACAGCGACUGCAUCGAGAUGACAAGAACUUCCAUAUGACUCAUGAAGAUCAAGCUUCCACGGGGUAUCGUGUAGGCUCCGAUGUUAUGAUGGCAUUUAUGAUACCGGGAGUCAAGACUACCGUCGAAAACGGUGCCACUAAAGCCAUCCCCGGUAGCCAUCUUUGGAGCUCUGAUCGAGCUCCCAAAUCACACGAGGCGGUACCUGCACUUAUGGAUGUAACCGAUUGUUGGGUCAUGUUGGGCGGCUUGUAUCAUGCCGGAGGAGCAAACAUGACCUCAAAUGAGCGACGAACUCUGCAUGGAAUGUUUUUCACACGUGGUUUCUAUCGGCAGGAAGAGAAUACUUAUCUUGCCAACAGCACUGAGGAAGUUCUGUCGUGGUCACCAGAGGCUCAAAGGGCCAUGGGAUAUGAGCUAUCAAGUCCGAAUAUCGGGUUCGUGGAGUUCAAGACGCCGCUGCAGCACCUUCGCGGGGCUGACAUCGGGGACGCAUUUGGGGACUUUGACCCCUCCCAGGAGCAAACAAAGAGAUAG